AUGUCAAUGUCAAAAAGCUGUUCUACCAACAUGGCCACGAUAGGCCGCUCUUCGGGAAAAUUAUUACAAAAAGUGCAAUUUUUAACAGGAUUUUCACGACAUUUAAGUACAGUUAAGUGUAAAUCGUAUAAAAAUGUGUGGAAGACGUGUGCCUGUGUCAUCGGUGGUGGUAUAUUAUUAUACACCACCAGUUUACGGAACGGAAAAACAGUCUACGCGCUCAAAGGAAAGCAACCCGAAGAGCUAUCGAAGUCAGUGAAGCUGACGUCACGGGAGCGUCGCUUCAUUAAAUUCGCGAGCGUGGAAUACGGCGGCCAGCUAUACAUGACCCCUCAGGACUUCUUAGAAUCGGUAGUGGAACAAGAACCACGACGCAGGCGGCCGGUCGUAAAAACAAUUAGCCAAAAUUAUUCACAACAUGUCAGGCAGACCCUGGCUAAAGCUGGGAAAUUGCCAGGUAGAAGAGGAGUAGUAAUGUAUUUGCGUUUUAUUACAGCUCGUUUGAAACGCCGCGUUCUAACCGCCAAGGAGAUAGAACAGCUCAAAGACCAGGUCCCGCCGUUGAAGAAAGGAUCCUCACAGAUGUUUAGAAGUAUGAGGGAUAAAGGAAUCAUCUCAUAUACAGAAUACCUGUUUCUUCUUUCUAUAUUAACGAAACCGGCAUCCGGUUUCCAGAUAGCUUUCAACAUGUUCGACACAGACGGGAACCAGAGAGUUGACAAAAAUGAGUUCCUAGUUAUACAGCGUCUACUCGGUGGUUCAAUGAAGGAGAGGAAAGAUUUGGAUGUACACAGUCAGAAAGCACUGCUUACAUUAGUAUCUUCAAGCGCGCUCAGACACAAGUUGGAGCAAACAGAAAACAGACCUAAACCUACCACUAUGGAAAAGAUCUUCAGUUUCGCGUGGAAAGGUAAGCGUGGUAUGACGGAUGAAGCAGCCGGCGCCGAAGGAACUCACGAGUAUGUUGACGACGACCAGGGACUACAGAGAAGACAUAAUGUAGACACGCUGUUACAGGUUCAUUUCUUUGGCAAGAAGGGCACGAACGACCUCAAGUUUGAAGGAUUCAGAAAAUUCAUGGAAAACUUACAGACUGAGGUGUUGGAGCUAGAGUUUCACGAGUUCUCUAAAGGACAUGAGACGAUAUCUGAAGUAGACUUCGCGAAGAUUCUUCUCCGCUACACGUAUUUAGACACAGAUGAAUAUGACGCCUUCCUCGACCGACUACUAGACGUGGAGCAGAGCGGGAUUAGCUUCACGGAGUUUAAAACCUUCUGUCAGUUUCUCAACAACUUGGAAGACUUCACUAUAGCCAUGAGAAUGUACACGCUCGCCGAUCAUCCAAUAUCGAAAGAUGAGUUCCACCGCGCGGUUAAGAUCUGUACGGGUAUAUCUCAGUCGCCUCACCUCGUGAGCACGGUGUUCGCUAUCUUCGAUCAGGACGGGGACGGCUUCCUCAGCUACAGGGAGUUCAUCGCGAUCAUGAAGGACAGACUACACAGGGGGUUCAAAUCGUACGCAAAGAACGAAGGUUGGGAAGCGUUCAAGACGUGCGUCAAACAAGAAAUGAAGAGUGCUGUUUAA